UCACUGGGCGCAACUAGUCUUCGAAAAUUCCCGCUAACUUUCUCGAUGUGUUCUUCAUUUUGAAUGGACCAAUAACAGAACGUUUCUCUACCCGUCAUACAUUCGUUCCAUGAACGUUUGGUAGAAUGCGCUGCGACAGAAUUCUGGGGCGGUCUUUGAUGGACAGUUGGGUCCGGCCAGUCAGUGGUUACGGGCCGACAUGUUGGAGACGUUUCAGUGAUUGUGCGCGGUGAGCCUGACGCGUGACUUUUCGUGCGUUUUUAAUGCGUGUUCGAAUUCUAAGAAGUGUCGUUGGAUCGCAACGCUACAUGUGAAGUGCGUCGAGUGGAAUUAAGCCUGGUUGUGCCUGGUUUGCCCGGCCCAGCAAACAUGAGCUGGGGUACAGAGCUCUGGGACCAGUACGAGAAUCUGUCCCUGCACACGCAAAAGGGGAUAGAGUUCCUCGAAAGGUAUGGCCACUUUAUUCGUGACCGAUGCGCCAUCGAGGUGGAAUAUGCCGCUAAACUCAGACGUCUCGUGAAGAGUUAUCAACCGAAGAAGAAGGAGGAGGAAGAUUAUCAGUACAGUCCGUGUCGGGCGUUCAAACUGGAGCUGAACGAGGUGAACGAUCAGGCAGGGCAACGGGAGGUGAUCGCUGAGAACCUCCAGGCGAACGUGUUGAGGGAAUUGAACAUCCUCGUGAAGGACUUCAAAGAGGAUCGUAAGAAGCACCUCCAAGAAGGCGCGCGAUUAAUGGCCAACUUGACCGGUCAGAUCGGGAAUCUGGAGCGCGCCAGGAAGGCGUACGAGAAAGCCUUCCGCGAGGCGGAAAGAGCGGUCGAGAAUUAUCAGAGAGCCGAUGCCGAUCUGAAUCUGUCGAGGGCGGAAGUCGAGAAGCAGAGGAUGAACAUGACUCUGAAGACGCAGCAGAGCGAGGAGGCUAAGACCGAGUACGCGAAUCAGUUACAGAAGACGAACGACAUGCAGACGCUGCAUUAUCACACGGCCAUGCCGGAGGUGUUUCAACACCUCCAGGAACUCGACGAGAAGAGAAUUAAGAAUAUGCGAAACUACAUGCUGAAGUCCGUGGAGAUAGAGCGAGCGGUGGCGCCGAUAAUCGCUCAGUGCUUAGACGGUAUCGAAAAAGCUGCGAACGAGAUCAACGAGAAGCAAGACACGUUGUUGGUGAUCGAACGUUACAAAAGCGGGUUCCAACCGCCGGGCGACUUCCCGUUCGAGGACCUCUCGGUGGCUAAAACGUACGACAGCAAUAGUCAGUUGUCGCAGCCAGUGAUGCAACCGAUACACAAUCACCUGACCGUGAAAGGAACCGUCUCCGGUGGUAAAAUCAAGAAGAGGGUCGGCCUCUUCGGCAUAUUCAGUAGCAAUAAGAGUGCAAGAAUACCAAAAAAGUUGAUCGAGGUGGGCAUAGCUUUGAAGAACAAUAUGCCUGGAUACGGGGACGGCGCGAAGGAGGACUGCAGCGAUCUGCCACCUAAUCAACGGAAGAAGAGGCUGCAACAGAGGCUGGACGAGAUCCAGGCGAAGAUCCAACAGGAGACCGCGGCGAGAGACGGUCUGAUGAAGAUGAAGGGCGUGUACGAGCAGAAUCCGGCGUUGGGAGAUCCGAUGAGCAUAGAAGGGCAAUUGAAUCAAUCGAGCAACAAGCUGGAUAAACUCGGCGCCGAACUGGCAAAGUUCCAAGGUUACCUCGAAGAUGCCAUGCGCGCCGGCGUCAGUCUGUCCAGUCCCAGUCAAGCGCCGCGAAAACCGACCAGCAACGGGUCCGCGACGCGACCGCUCAGUUCGAGGAGAUCCAGUCAUUCGGGAGGCGAGGAGAGCCUGUCGAGAUCGGCCUCCGACUCGAGCGUGAGCAAUACGAACGCGAGUCAACCGACGCACAAGAAAAGCGCUCCGGGUACGCCGCAGCCGACCCACGGUUCCACGAAUAGCCCGGAAUCUGGUAUUGGGGAAUCGAGGACGUCUCUUCCUGGCAGCGGGGGAGAAGAGUUCUACGUCGACGAAGUAGACGCUCAACCACCGUUGGGGACAUGCAGGGCUCUCUACCCUUUCGAUGCGACCAGCGAAGGUUCUAUACCGAUGUACGACGGAGAAGAAUUGUACAUGAUUGAGCUGGAUCAAGGAGACGGGUGGACGCGGGUCCGUCGUAUUUCCCAACCGAUCGAGGGCUUCGUACCUACGUCGUACAUAGAGUGUCAUCUUUAUAAUACUUAGCCACUUCUCCUAGGACGUUGACAAGCAAAAUUGCGAUGUUGGCAAGUUUUGGUUGUUCGUGUUGUCAGUUCGAUGCGGUACAUCGAACUAUCGAAGGUAAUGAUUCACGAUAUUAUUGGACGUUCGAGGGUCGUGCGUUGGCUCAACGGCAUCAGAUUUCCUAAUCUGUCUCGGUCGAAUCGUGGGCCUAACUGACGCGCAGUGAACGAUUUCAAUUAAUGGAAAUCGAUGCGUGUCAACGAGUUCUGGGAGAAUUUCGUGAUUCGUCGGAGACUCGGUCGCAAUUACACCCAGCACACUUCCCUCCUUUCACCAAUCGUGUCAACGAACGAGCAGGAACAAAGGGGAAUCAUCUUCUAAGAUGACAGUUUAUUGUAUACAAAAAGAGCGGUCGAGAAGUUCAAUACACUUAACGCUACGUAGGAUGUUAAAAUCGUACAAUUGCUUAGGACGAUAUUACAUCCAAACUGUUUCAAGAGCGGUCCUUUGACACGACCUUUUGACGUCUGCGAGGUAUAGCACAUUUUUCUAAGCGAAACGGCGAAAGCACCCUGAUCAGUCGGACGGCUAUGUGAACGUGCGCAAACCGGGCAAUUCGCAAUUUCGUUGAAAGUAAAUGUUUUUGUCGCGUAUUGUACAAUGCGCAACGUGUGCUCCAUCACAGAUGGAAAAGCUCGAUUACUUUUUUUUUCAUCGACUCGGUUGUAAAGAAGGCAACUCACGAACGGAUUCGUGCUAUCUCUGCCGAAGUUCAAGAAACCGAUCAGCUUUGUACAUGUACAUAUAGUGAUCUUCGUUUUACUUAAACGUGUGUUACGAAAAAUGGGGAGGACACAUCAUCGUUCGUUGGUUUAUAGUAUAUCGACGUCCGUUUCUUACUUUUGCCGAUGAUAGGCCGGUGACGUCGCUACUUUACAAUUAUUUAUGAGUCAUUUCUCUUCAAUCAUCACCGCGUAGGGUUCAUCGGUCGACGAUGUCGUCUCAUUUUUCUUUCAUCGAACGAAGAAUAGGUGAUUAGGUGGUGCUCUGUACAGCAAGUAGAUUCGGCGAAAUUGAUCGGCCAAGUUUCGUUUCCGACAUCGUCUGAAUGCGAGUUUAGUUAGGACAAUAUAUGUUUGUGUACAUACGAUGCAAGGGGUAUGGGAGGGGCAGAACGAAUUGAAUAGUAACUGGAUGCGUGAGUGCCAGGUUCGAAGCGUACCCUGCGAAGCGAUCGAUUUGUUUCCAUUGUAGUUACGUGUCCGAAAUGACGGCAGAAAAGUCUUUUUAUUAUAUUUUCGUUUUUAUAUUUUUUAUUUGAGGAAAGAGAACGCCUUACGUUUCGGCAUCUUUGGAAGAACUGUCAGCUUCGCUGUUACAGAAGCCUAGAUUCGUCCUAGAUUCGAGUGCGAUGUAUCGAGAACGUGUAGCGGUAUAUAUGCCUGCGUAUCAAAAAUGUAUUUGUAUAUGUAUAUGUAUAUGUAUAUAUAUAUAUAUAUAUGAAACUAUAAUCAUUCAUUAAAACGUAGCUUCGGUAUAUAUGUACGUGUAAGAUGCGCGAGUUAAAGAUCGGUCGUCCCUCUGGUUCGUCGCAGCGUGUUGCUAGGUCGGUCGCUGUAAUUUUCUUAAAUCCCUCUCGCGAUGUUUCGUCAUAAGUUUCGCUACGAUUUCGCAAGAGUUCUGUCUCUUCGUCUUCUUAAUUUAUCUUUGGCCGCGGGAAGAUGCAGUGAGGAAUUUUACAGGAUUCGCGAGUGUGCAGACGACAGUAUUUUUACGCGACACGUACUUUUCGCUCGAACGCUGAUCGUUUGAUAGGCUGUAUCACUUUGUGAAAGUGAGAAGAGAGAAUGGUUAGAUAAGUUUAGAGACAGGGACGAAGGAAGGAAAAGAAUCGAGAUCCGUAUGUCUACCUUAAUUCUUAAUAUUAAACUGCGUCCAUUCUAUGUAUAUUUUGUGAUUUUAUAUCAAUGAACAAGUAUUGUAGAUAAUUAACUCCGUGACUCAUUAUACGUUUAAUUAUUAUUAUUAUUAUCAUUAUUAUUAUUAUCAUUAUUAUUAUUAUUAAUAUCGAAGAAAUAUAGCUACUAAACUAAUACUACGUGGUCGAGCGUGCUUUAUCCCGGCGUUCUUUCCAUUCGUCGAAAGGAGAGGAAGUUCGAGGAAACGAACGAGUAAAAUGUGUUUCAUUUAAGUGUAUUGUAACUUUUUCGCGGACAAUUGACUAGAUCAGAAAAUACAGAGUAAAAUAAGUUCUGAUACCUGUUGUGCAGAUACGCAAAGCUAUGUUACAGUCGAUACAUAAUAUACAACGUUUAUAUAAAUUAAGUAGAAUCGUGGCUGCAAAAAUUUUUACAGCCCACGACACGACGCCAUUCAAAGCCGAGGUAAUAAAAAUCGUGAAUUCUUCUUACGUAUCAUAGUCGGUAUACCUGAUUUAUACAUUUAAUUUCGUUUAGUUUCGUUUCGAUGUUCUGUAAAACCAAAAUACACGUUUGAUCAUGGCGAAAAUCGUCAGCAACAGUCGA